GCGUGGCGCCGCCGGUGGGCGAGUCCAAUAACGACUCCGGGAACCCGGCAAGUAACAUGACUAAAAAGAAGCGGGAGAAUCUGGGCGUCGCGCAAGAGAUGGAUGGGCUGGAGAAGAAGCUGUCACGAUGCUGGAGAGACCUGGAGGCUGUGAACUCCAGGCUCUGUGGGGCAGAGCUGAGCUCAGAGGCCAGGAGUUCUCUGGAGAAGGAGAAAAGCAGCCUGAUGAACAAAGCCUCCAACUAUGAGAAGGAACUGGAGUUGCUUCGGCAGGAAAACCGGAAGAACAUGCUGCUGUCUGUGGCCAUCUUCCUCCUUCUGACGCUUAUCUACGCCUACUGGACCCUGUGAGCCUGAGAUUUCUCCAGUCAGCACAGGCUUCCCCUCAGCUCCGUGGUCACGGCCAAGCAGGCCCUUCAAACCCCAAGAGGACCAAGGUACAAGGGCCAGUUCUCCCUGACCCAGACAUCAGAGCAGGGCUUCCUGUUGGCCCAGCCCCUCUUGCCUCCCAUUCCUGCUGUGGGGCUUGAGUCUCCAGAAGGACUUUAUGUUGGCUUAGCCCAAGGGAAAGGCAAUAAAAACCACCCUGGCUGCUUCUG